UUGAUAUAAGUGGUGUUCUGUGGUGGAUUGUGGUUUACAUAAAAAUGGCAGAAUCUGAGAAAAAAUCAGUUGCUACUUCUGUAAUAAUAAAAGUGGAAGAUUCUUCACCAGAAACCUCUAAAAUGACGACUGAAAAUAAAAUUGACGAAAUAAAAACAUUGAAUCCAUCGAGUAGAUCUUUGCCAAAAUCUGCUUUUAGUAUAGCUUUGAAACCUAGUAUUCUGAGGCCCCCUCAGUUGAAUCUUGAAAGUUCUAAUUUCAAUAGUGGGCAAUCUACUAAAGCAUUCAAGUUGAGCCCUCCAAAGUUGAAUGCAUUUACUAAACAAGACGAUAAUAUUAUAGGAGAUAAAAUUGAGAAAACCAAUGGAGAAAUAGUGAAGGCUUCUGAUAGUUCAAGUGCCCAAACUUCUGUUAAUGUAGUUCCAGCAAAGUCAAAUAUAACUCUUAAUGCAUCCACUCUAUCAUCUACCUCAUUUAUUUUUGGACAAAACCUCAAAGAUCGUGUUAUUGCAGCUGAAACUGAAAAUAAUGAUUCUAAACCAUCUACUAGUUUAAGCACAAAUGGUUCAACAGAUAUGUUGUUUAGUGAUGGUGUUAAACCUGACAUUAAAAGCAGCACAAGUAGUAAUAGUAAAGAAAAUAAAAGUUUAGUCGAAACAGCCAGAGAGUAUGAAGAGUCACGAGCUGUAAAAAGAAAAUAUGAAGAAGUGGAAGUUAAAACUGGAGAAGAAGAUGAAACGAAUAUUCUUUGUAUGUCGUGUAAACUAUUUUCCUUUGAUGGAACUAGUGGUAGCUGGCAAGAAAGAGGGAGAGGUACAUUAAGAUUGAAUGACUUUGAAACUGAUGAUCGUACCCAAAGCAGAUUAGUGUUUAGGACAUCUGGUAGUCUGAGGGUUAUUCUCAAUACAAAGGUAUUUUCAAGUAUGACAGCAGAAAAGGCAAGCGAUAAGAGCAUAAGGUUAACAGCCCUGGAUGCCAAUGGUGAAAUCAAAAUAUUCUUAGUGAUGGCUUCAGUAGAAGAUUCAAAAGCUUUGCAACAGCAUUUGGAACACCGAAUAAAAAUGGAAAUUGAAGCUUGUAAAAAGAAAAAAAGUCAAUAGACCUUGAAACUAAGCAUAUUUUAUUGGAUUUUCAAUGUAUACUUUUGUACUAAGAUUUCAUUCAAUCACAGUAAAUUUAUUUAAGGUCUCAGGUUCUCACAAAAGGAAAUUUUUAGCAAUAGCUUACUGAAUGACUAUCAUCAUUCUCUGAAUCUACUAGAAUUGCUAGUGAUUAAGAAGACAUAUUAUAAUUUUAUUUUAUUAAAAAUGUAGGUUCAACAGAGAAAAUAUAGUUUUGACUUUA